AAGAAGUUAAAUCACGAACAAAUAUUGUUUCCACAAUUCAUCGUGAUAUUCAUUUUUGUUUCACACCUCGUGGUGGAGCAUUCUCUUAUAAUUUUGCUCCAUCUAGACACUGGCAGUUAGUAUUAAUCUCUACAGUCAUAAGUCGCACUGUUCCGCGAGCUAGUUCACUUACAAAUUAACACCUAAUGAUACACGGCAACAUCAUCGAUAUAUAAUUGCAUCGCAUUAUCGUCCACAAUCAGUAAAGAUCAUUCGUGAUAUUCGAUUGAUGAUUGAUUUGAACAAUGGAACCUUUUGAAGUUCUAUGCGGCGCUGCUGCAGUAAUUCUCCUUCUUUAUUAUUUUCUCACAUCAACUUUUGACUUUUGGAAAUCACGUGGCGUUCCGGGUCCACGACCGAUACCAGGACUUGGCAAUUUUAAAGAUGUUAUGUUUAAUAACAUAUCCGCAGGAGAUUAUUUGACAGAAAUAUAUAACACUUAUAAAGAUGAACCAUUGAUUGGAAUAUUUGCUAGGAAGACACCCCUUCUUAUUGUAAAAGAUCCUAAUUUAAUUAAGGAUGUUCUUAUCAAAGAUUUUACCAAAUUUGCUGACAGAGGACUUCCCAUUUUUGAAAAGACCGAACCGUUGUCACAGCAUCUUUUCGCUUUAGAGCCAAAGAGAUGGCGACCGUUGAGGAUAAAACUAUCACCUGUUUUUACAUCUGGUAAACUGAAAGAAAUGUUCUCUUUAAUAUCAGAAUGUGCUGAUCAUCUGAUUCUAUAUAUGGAAAAAAUAGCGAGCAAAAAUGAACCUGUAGAAUGCCGCGAGUUGACGGCAAAGUAUACUACCGACGUUAUUGGUAGCUGUGCCUUCGGCAUCGAUAUGAAUGCACUGUCGAACGAAGAUAGCGAAUUUCGCAGAAUGGGAAGAAAAGUAUUUGCUAUAACUUGGAUAACUAUGUUACGAAUAAGAAUCAGACAAAUAUCUCCAUGGUUAUACAAUAUGCUCGGUUACAUUUUGCCAUAUACAGAUGUUACUAAAUUCUUUAUACGCGUUAUUACGGAAAAUAUGAAUUAUAGAGAAACAAAUAAUGUCAUUAGGAAUGAUUUUAUUGAUAUGUUGCGCGAAUUAAAAAAACAUCCAGAUAAAUUAGGUGAUUUUGAUUUAACAGAGGAUAUAAUAACAUCUCAAGCAUUCGUAUUUUUCGUUGCUGGCUUUGAAACUUCGUCGACGACUAUUAGUAACGCGCUCUACGAAUUAGCAUUAAAUCAAAACAUACAAAAUAGUCUGCGUGAAGAAAUUGACGAACUUUAUGCAAAAUAUAAUGGAGAUUUAAUAUACGAUAAUAUAAAGAAAAUGAGUUAUCUAGAUAAAAUUUUCAAAGAAACUUUACGAAAAUAUCCAGUAGUAACAUUUCUUAUGAGGCAAUCCGUAUCGAGCUAUACCUUCGAUGAUACCAAAGUUACUAUACCGAAAGAUCAAAAGGUAUGGAUUCCUGUUUAUGCGCUUCAUCGAGAUCCAAGUAUUUAUCCAAAGCCAGAUAUUUUCGAUCCAGAAAGAUUUAGUGACGAUGCUGUGCAAAGUAGACAUCCGAUGACUUAUCUACCUUUCGGCGACGGGCCAAGAAAUUGUAUUGGUUCUCGCUUCGCUGUUUAUCAGAGUAAAGUUGGACUUGUAAAGAUAUUACGAAACUACAAAAUCGAAACUUGCGAAAAAACUCCAAUACCUUACAUAAACAAUCCUAAGGCAUUUCUAUUAGCACCAAAAGACGGAAUAUAUGUAAAAAUAACUAAAAUUAAUCGGACUUAAGUUUUUCACUAACUGUUUGUAGAAAACAUUUAUAACAAAAAGAAAGAGAAUUUAUCAAUUACAUAAUUAAUGAUAGGAAUUA